UUUAUUCAAGAUCUCUCAGAUUCUCUCUCUCACUCUCUCUCUUCAUGUGAGCAUUGACUUUGUUAUGUAGCAAGGUUUCGUUUCCCUCAUAACACACAUUCAUAAAACUGAAACUGAAACCUCAGAAAUCCCAUCCUAUAUUUUUCUGUCUUGAAACCUCAGAAAUCCCGACCUAUAUUUUUCUGUCUAUCAGUUACAACAUCGUUCUUCACUAGCCACUGCUUCUUCGGUAAUCAUGGGAACUGAGAUACCAACUGAUAACGAUUAUCACAAAAACGCUGGACGGAGCCAGGAUUUCAAUACUGGGGGGCCGAGAAUUGAGAAGGCAAGAAUUGAGAAGGCAAGAAUUGAGAAGACUGAAGAAGAAUUACGGAAGCAGAAGGCAAUUGAUGAUUGGCUUCCAAUUACUUCUUCAAGGAAUGCAAAAUGGUGGUACUCUGCCUUCCACAAUGUCACUGCCAUGGUUGGGGCUGGUGUUCUUAGUCUCCCAUAUGCCAUGUCUGAGCUAGGAUGGGGUCCUGGUGUAACUGUAUUAGUCCUGUCAUGGAUCAUCACCUUGUACACCCUAUGGCAAAUGGUUGAGAUGCAUGAAAUGGUUCCGGGGAAACGUUUUGACAGAUACCAUGAACUGGGUCAGUAUGCCUUUGGUGAAAAGCUAGGUCUUUAUAUUGUGGUGCCUCAACAACUUAUAGUUGAAGUUGGAGUGAACAUUGUCUAUAUGGUGACUGGGGGAAAAUCUUUGCAGAAGUUCCAUAACACUGUGUGUUCCAACUGCAAAAGCAUCAAGUUGACCUAUUUCAUUAUGAUUUUCGCCUCUGUUCACUUUGUACUGUCUCACCUCCCCAACUUCAACUCCAUUUCUGGUGUAUCUCUGGCAGCAGCAGUUAUGUCCUUGAGUUACUCAACAAUUGCCUGGGCAGCUUCUGCUCACAAGGGUGUUCAAGACAAUGUAGAAUAUGGUUACAAAGCUAAGUCCACAUCAGGAACAGUCUUUAACUUCUUUAGUGCCCUUGGGGAUGUUGCUUUUGCCUAUGCUGGACACAAUGUGGUGCUGGAAAUCCAAGCAACAAUUCCAUCUACACCAGAGAAACCAUCCAAGGGUCCUAUGUGGAGAGGAGUGGUUGUUGCUUACAUAGUUGUGGCUUUGUGCUACUUCCCUGUUGCUCUGGUUGGUUACUGGAUGUUUGGCAAUGGUGUUAAAGAUAACAUUCUCAUCUCUUUAGAGAAACCAAAAUGGCUCAUUGCAAUGGCUAACAUGUUUGUUGUGAUCCAUGUUAUUGGAAGUUAUCAGAUUUAUGCAAUGCCAGUGUUUGACAUGAUUGAAACUGUGUUGGUGAAGAAGCUGAACUUCACGCCUAGUAGAAUACUUCGUUUUAUUGUGCGUAAUUUGUAUGUGGCAUUCACAAUGUUCGUUGCUAUUACCUUCCCAUUUUUCGGUGGUCUUCUAGGAUUCUUUGGAGGAUUUGCUUUUGCACCAACAACAUACUUUCUACCCUGCGUCAUGUGGCUUGCAAUCUACAAACCAAAGAGAUUCAGCUUAUCUUGGUGGAGUAAUUGGGUGUGCAUUGUGCUUGGCCUAUUGUUGAUGAUUUUAUCACCAAUUGGAGGAUUGAGGACAAUCAUAAUUGAAGCCAAGACCUACAAGUUCUACUCUUGAACUCAUUCCCCCAUUGAAUCCGUGAUGAGUAUGUGAAGCAUGCAAAUAGUACAAGAUAGGAAUGCAAGCUCAAUAAAAUCGUGUGUGAUAGAAUCUUGUUCAUAGUCGCUGGGUGUUCUUUAAUUCUACAAUAAUAAUACAUUGCUGAGGAGCAUCCUCAACGUGCCUGAUAAUGGAAAAGAAAAUCAUCAAUGAAAUCAAAGGGAAUUUUCUAUAUACUUUCUUGGUCAAUUUUAAUUUAUAAAUGUAUAUGUCGAUUUUCUCUUA